CGGAACGUGCCACUCGCCUGGCGUUACUUGAUGAGUAUAACACGUCCAUGGCAGACUACCUCCACAAGAGCAUCGCAUGGGCCACCGCUGACAACCGCGCCUGCACCAUCCUCCUCGGCGCACUCCCCGACGCUCUCAUGCGCCGUUUUCAAGCUCGCGAGAUGCGCGCCUCCCUCAUUUGGGCCGAGCUCCAGGCGAUGUUUGAGCGUCGCGACAUCAGCUCGGUCGGCGUCCUUUUCCAGGAGUACUUCUCCAUCACCCUCGCUACGUGUGACGGCGCAGUUGACUAUGUGGGGCGCAUGCAGGAGGUCGCUGAUCGCCUUGCGGCACGCCAAGCUGCCCUCCCCGAACCACUCCAAAUCCAUCGCCUCCUCUACAACCUCACUCCGGACUACGAGUCCCACCUCCAUGCCUUCACUGAGGCAAACUCCAUGGCUGGCCUCAACGACGUGGUCCAGUGGAUCAUUGACACAGAGCCGGAUCAGCAGCAGCAACAGCAGCAGCAGCAGCCGGGGCAGCAGCAGCAGCAGCAGCAGCAGCAGCAGCAGCAGCAGCAGCAGCAGCAGCAGCAGCAGCAGCAGCAGCAGCAACAGCAGCAGCAGCAGCAGCGGCAGCAACCGGGGCAGCAGCAGCAGCAGCAGCAACCGGGACAGCAGCAGCAGCAACAGCCGCAGCAGACACAGCAGCAGCACGCUCCUUGA